GCAGCUAACUCCUAUUGGGCUCUCCUGCUACGUCUCCCUCCCUGCCGAGCCGUGACGCCCUCCCCACCGCCCCGAGAUGCCCCAGCACAUGACGGGUGACCAGUGCCUCCUCGCCGUGCCGCGGCUCCUCUUCACGGAACCCUUGGCCACCGAGAAUGGCUGCAGCCGCAGCCCGUCCCACAGCAGGGGAUCGCCAGCCUCCCUGCGCUCUGCCGACCUCAGUCCCCUGGACUCCUGCAGCCAGCCCCUGUGCCAGCCCCCGGCGGAGAAGCCCAGCAGCCAGGGGGCCGGAGACGUGCGGUACGCGUCCUCAGGGACACAGGGCCUGCUGUGUGGCUGGCGGACCUUCACGCCCCGCUGCCUGCAGGCCUUCAACACGCCCAAGGGCUUCCUGUUCUUCCUGUGCGCCGCCUCCUUCCUGCAAGGGAUGACCGUGAACGGCUUCAUCAACACGGUGAUCACCUCCAUCGAGCGCCGCUUCGACCUGCACAGCUACGAGAGCGGGCUGAUCGCCAGCUCCUACGACAUCGCCGCCUGCCUCUGUCUCACGUUUGUCAGCUACUUUGGGGGCAACGGUCACAAGCCGCGCUGGCUGGGCUGGGGCGUGCUGAUCCUGGGUGCCGGCUCGCUGGUGUUCACGCUGCCCCACUUCAUGGCCGGCCGCUACGAGGUGACGGUGCAUGAGGGCGUGGGGACAUGCCAGGCCAACCAGAGCGUGGCGUGCUCCGACCGCACCUCGGGCCUCUCCAGCUACCGGCUGGUCUUCAUGCUGGGCCAGUUCCUGCACGGCGUGGGUGCCACGCCCCUCUACACGCUGGGCGUCACCUACCUGGACGAGAACGUCAAGUCCAGCUACUCGCCCAUCUAUAUCGCUAUCUUCUACACAGCCGCCAUCCUCGGCCCUGCAGCCGGCUACCUGAUAGGAGGCGCCAUGCUGAACAUUUACACAGAUAUGGGCCCACGGAAGGAGCUGACCACGGAAAGCCCACUGUGGGUCGGUGCCUGGUGGGUUGGCUUCCUUGGUGCUGGGAUGGUGGCUUUCCUCAUUGCCAUCCCAAUCCUCGGCUACCCUCGGCAGCUGCCAGGCUCCCAGCGCUACCUGGUUGUGAGAGCAGCCGAGACGCACCGGCUGAAAGACCACGGCCACAAGUCAGCGAGCAACCCUGCCUUCGGGAAGACUGCCAGAGACCUGCCCCUCUCCAUCUGGCUCCUCCUGAGGAACCCCACGUUUGUCCUGCUCUGCCUGGCUGGCGCCACGGAGGCCACGCUCAUUGCCGGCAUGUCCACGUUCGGCCCCAAGUUCCUGGAGGCCCAGUUCAGCCUGAGCGCCUCCCAGGCUGCCACCUUGUUCGGGUACUUAGUGGUGCCGGCCGGAGGCGGCGGCACGCUCCUGGGCGGCUUCCUGGUGAACAGGUUCAAGCUCCGUGGGCCCGGGAUCAUUCGCUUCUGCCUGCUCUGCACCCUGACCAGCCUGCUUGCCUUCUUCAUCUUCCUCACGCACUGCGAGAACGUGCCCAUGGCCGGCGUGACGGCCGGCUACAGCGGCAGCCUGUGGCAGGAGGGCCACCUGAACCUGACGGCCAGAUGCAACGUGGCCUGUGGCUGCCAGCCGGAGCACUACGCCCCCGUGUGUGGCUCGGAUGGCCUUGCCUACUACUCCCCCUGCCACGCGGGCUGCGCCAGGGCCGACAGCACUGGCCCCGGAGGCCUGAAGGUGUACCGAGACUGUAGCUGUGUCCCUUCGAAUGUUUCCUCUGGCUUUGGCCAUGCCACCACAGGGAAAUGCACCUCAGCCUGUCAGAGGAAGCCCCUCUUCCUGGUUCUGGUGUUCGUUGUAAUUAUCUUUACAUUCCUCAGCAGCAUUCCUGCACUGACUGCCACGCUACGGUGUGUCUGUGAUCGGCAGCGGUCCUUUGCCCUGGGGAUCCAGUGGGUCGUAGUGAGGACGCUAGGCAGCAUCCCCGGGCCCAUCGCCUUCGGCUGGGUGAUUGACAAGGCCUGUCUGCUGUGGCAGGACCAGUGUGGCCACCAGGGCUCCUGUUUUGUGUACCAGAACGCAGCCAUGAGCCGGUACAUGCUCACCGCAGGGCUUUCCUACAAGGUGCUCGGCUUCCUCUUCUUCGCCACUGCCUGUUUCUUGUACAAGUCGCCGUCGGGUUCUUCAGACGGCCUGGACAGCACCUCCCUGCCCAGCCAGUCCUCUGCCUCCGAUGGCCCCGCAGACCUGCAGCUGCAGAGCCGCGUCUGACCCGGCACACAGCCGCCCUCUGUCUCCCAAGAACAGCCCCGCCCCGCCCAUCCUGCCCAGCCCUUCUCGGAAGAGCUGAAGACCCGGAGACAAGCUCAUCUUGGAUUCUGGGGGCCAGGAGAAGGGAUAUGGGACACACCAAACACAGCCCCUCCUGGCCCAGGGCUGGCCCCGGGGCUGCUGGAUCUGGGCAGCCCACCUGAUGUGUUCAGACUUGCCACCUGUCCUCAGCAGGGCUGCAAGAGCAGCUGUAUAACUAGAUGUCUGUGGACCCACAUUUCACAUCUCUGUGCUUGUGGGGUUUGUCUCUACCUGGUCACCUGGUGUUUGUCAGGGAAACUCCAGCCAGGGCCGAGUCCUGCACCAAGCAAUGAGUGGUCAGUGUGUUCCUAUGUGUCUUCCGUUAAAACCACGUAUGUAAUAUAUUUU